AUGGAAGCAGGAAGCAACACUCUCCGUGGCCGAACUGGUCUCCCUCCUGGCCUGUCCUCCCUCCAAGAAGAAAUAGGGUUUGUUGCCAUUUGCUCAAUGGGACAACUGCUAUUCGCCAUAUUCCUCGCCAACGGCUUCGUCAACCAGAUCACACUCGUAGACGCACUCGGUCUGCCUCUCUCCUACUCUCCAUGGCUCAUCGGCGCAUUUCUCGUAGCCAACGGUAUUUCCGUGGUGUUGUCUGGAUCCGCCGCCGACUUGGCUAAUCCUAAACACAUGGCGGUGGGGUCGUUUGUAUGGCUCACGAUCUGCUGGAAUGUCAUCGGCUGCUUCUCGGUCCAUCCAUCUCGGAAGGUACUAUACUUCGUUGUCCAAGCGAUGUCUGAACUAGCAGUUGGGACGCUCUGCUCCUCCGCCAUGAGCAUGCUUGGUCGUGUCUACAAGCCAGGACGUCGCAAGAACCAAGUUUUCUCGAUGAUGGGAGCCAUGAUUCCAAUGGGCUUUGCGAUUGGUGCGGUCCUGGGUGGUGCUCUUUCCGCGGAUCUUCAAUGGGUGUCUGCGGUGAUAGCCAUUCUUGCAGCUAUUUGCACUGCUGUAGCAUGUUGGUGCAUCCCAGCAAGACAACGUUUACGGCCUGAAGCGGCAGACUCGGAUAAUCCAACUCUUGGAGACUUCGACUACUUGGGCGGUGCAAAUUUGGCAGCUGGAUGUGGCAUCUUAAUCUUUGGCUUGACACAGGCCGUACCGACGAACUGGACCCCUUAUACAUACGCUCUCAUUGUUGUCGGGGUCGCAUGCUUUGGACUCUUCGGCAUUAUAGAAAGCCGCCCCCUGAUGAUUGCAUAUUUCCUAGCCUACGGAGCAUUUGUCGGAGGAUGCAACUUUUACGCCUGUACAUUCUUUCUCACGAUCCAGAACCAGCCACCGAUUAUAGCAGCAGUCUAUCUCAUCCCAAUUGGGGUCGGCGGCACCGUAGCGGCAUGGCUGGUGUCAAAAUCCCUUCAUGUGAUACCUGGCCAUUUCAUCUUGAUUGCAAGUAUGCUUGCCUUCGCUUCUGGUCGAGCCUUCUUCAUGCCUCAGACACCAAAUACCAUACACUGGGCAUUGUCAUUCCCGGGGCUAUUCAUCAGCACAUUUGGACCAGAUCUGUCUUUUCCCUCGAUCUCGGUCUUCAUCACUUCCAACGUCCCCCGGACAUUUCAGGGCUCGGCGGGGAGUCUCCUCAUCACCGCGCAAAACCUUUCCUCGGCAGUAUUCACUGCGCUUGCUGAGACGAUAGGCCGCAGCCAGACACAUGCUAUUGACAAGUCGUUGGAUCUUGAAGCACUCCGCGACAUAUGGUGGUUCAGCCUUGCGAGCAGCUUGGUUGGAGCGGUUGUCUGCGUAGCAUUUGUCCGCAUCCCGACAAGCGAAGAGCGAGACCAUGUUCAGUAG